AUGAACUGGAAGCAGAAAAAGAUGCUUAUUGAAGAUAUAAGUGAAGAGUUAAAUAAAGCUAGGGUAGCAAAUAGAGAUAAAGAAAUGAAGGAAGAAAUCAUAGACCAUAUGGGCUAUUUGGUAUAUAUGGGUGGAAGAGGAGCUGUAUUUUCCUAUAUCUUUUUAUCAUUUGUAGGGCCACUGCUUUUUAAAUUUCCAAGACGACUUAUUCGAUAUCCUAUGCUUUUUGGGCUUCUUUUCACUUGGAGAGAUCUUUAUUUUUUCGGAGCCGACGUAAAUCUAAGGCUGCAUUCUGGAAGAAUUUUAUCACAAUUUUCACAGCUUCCUGAUGGCUCCCAACUAAAAGAUUUUUAUGUUCAAAUGCAGUCUAAAUAUAAUCUCAAUCUUGUUUAA